AUGGCAGGAAAGAAUGAGAAUGAAGAGAAGAGGGAGCUGGUGUUUAAAGAGACCGGACAGGAAUAUGCCCAGGUUUUGCGGAUGCUUGGCAACGGCCGUCUUGAGGCGAUGUGCAUGGAUGGCAUCAAGCGUUUGUGUCACAUCCGUGGCAAGAUGAGGAAGAAGGUUUGGGUGAACACGGGUGACGUCAUACUGGUUGGCUUGAGGGACUAUCAGGACGAAAAGGCUGACGUGAUUUUGAAGUACAUGGCUGAUGAGGCAAGGAGUCUCAAGCAGUAUGGGGAGCUGCCAGAGCACAUUCGUGUGAACGACGCCGACGUUGAGUUCCAGGACGACACGGCAGACAACGAGUUUUUCGACUUUGACGAUAUCACAGGUGGGGCCAGCAGCGUUAAUCAUUGA